AUGGUGAAAGUGAGUGGAACAAGUGUAGUGUUGUGGCCAUCAAGGGAGAAGUGUUUAGUGAUCAGUGUGAUGGUGCUGAUGGUACUCAUCCCAACGCCGGUUAGAGCUGUGGUGAUGUGCUACUACUGUGAUGGAUGUGACGUAUACAUGCCAACGCAAAUGAAGCCUUGUGAGACUGAGUGUAGCGUUUGGUAUUCGAAAAAUGGAGAUACCACGAACGUAAACCGAGGAUGUCUGGAAGAAGCCGAGCCUGAUGAAAUCAUAUCCCAAUGUACUUCCGCUUUGUGCAAUACGGCCAGCGUCAUGCGCUGUGUACGGUGUGACUCUGCUGUGUCAGAUGAAUGUGAGACCGUCAUCUGUCCUGACAGAACGCCACAGAACAAAUGUUACCAUAAUCCGGCAGAUGGCCAUCGAGGAUGCAUAUCGGACCCGAACUACGAAGCCGAUUGUACGGGCAGCAAGUCCUGCACCGAAUGUUCCUCGCUACCAGGCAUACCGUGCAACGACCUUCCACGGUGUGUUGUGUGUGAUGUGGGUACUAAUCCAGAAUGCCCUCAGGAUACUCCUUACGUACAGCAAUGCCCGGGAACGACCGAUCAGUGUUACCGGUAUCGGGACGCAGAGCAGGUAGUGCAUGUGGGAUGUACCAGCGCGGAUGACUACACGAUCACCUGCCAGGGCACGGCGGCCAACUGUCACACGUGCCUCGGUGAAGAAUGUAAUCGUGAUGCAAAGUUUGAGUGCUAUACUUGUGUCGGUUGUACAUCCGUCGAUGUUGGACAGGUUGGCGUGUUGGCGGAAUGUAACAUCCUCGAGGAGAAUCGAUGCUACAUGCGGUACGAUAUGUCCACAAAGGAGACUCACCGUGGUUGUUUCAGUGACACCAUCCCAGAAUACAAUUUUUUCGAGCCGUGUGAUGGCAGUAGUUGCAACGAUCGGAUCUUCCCAGAUCAUCUCCAGUGCUAUCAGUGCGUCGAUUGUACCGAAGUAACCGCUGCGGAUGCUCACUACUGUAGCAAUACCGAGGCUACCGGUUGUUUCAUGCUGGAGGAGAUCUAUUCCGAACCAGAACAAUCCAAAACACUCAUUCGAGGGUGCAACACGGACGAAAAGUUCACCAACUGUCUGCCAGAUCGAAACUGCAAGACCUGCAGCAACAGCAAUCUGUGCAACGGGGAACCUUCGCAGGUGCAAAAGCUUUGCGAUCAGUGUGACGGUGUCGUAGAAUGUGAACAACCAAUCGCUAAUACACCCUCCUGUGCGGACAGUUCAUUCGCCAACCGGUGCUACCUGAGCUCGGAUGGUACGAGUGCGAUGAAGAAGGGUUGUGUACUCGAUCUGGAUCCAACCAUGGCGGACGUGUGCUACGAUCCGUCCGAUGCACGUUGCAAACUGUGUACGGAUAAUCAGUGCAAUCAGAAACACUGUGUCCUGUGUGAUACGCGUACGGAUGGGAUGGUUUGUGUGGUGGGAGACAAGACUGCGACUGCCUUGCGGUAUACGCUUUGCGCUGGGGACGUUUGCCGAAUGGAGAUCGAUGCCGAGGGUCACACGAGGAGAGGAUGUUUGGAAGAGUUCGAGAGUGCUUGCCACCCGGGUAGCUGCGUAGAAUCGAUCGAGUCCGGAUCGAAUUCAGGCAUUUUCCCGACCGACCGACUCAAGUGUUUCCAGUGUGAAGGGGCGGCGAGCUGCUGGAAGGAGCAGAUGGAAGCGCCCAGUGAACAGGAGUACUACUGUCUGCUGUACCGUGGUGCUGAAGAUGGUUGUUACAUCUACAACGACGGAAGUAUGGUUGUGCGAGGCUGUACCACCGAUCCCGAAGCCAUGUGUGUCGGAGAUGAUAGUGAUCCCCCUGAGCACUGUACCGUGUCGCUGGCAGAUCUCAGUAACAACGCUGCUCAGGCACCAAUGACCUGUUACGCCGAUUGUCCAGGCAAUGUGCAACCGUGCUCUAUCACCACCUGCUCGAGCUCGACCGAUCUCUGCUUCGUGAGCGUAUCCAUCGGUGGCGUAAUAACGCGCGGCUGUACACCAACCUCGUGUCCUGCCGAUUCCAAGAAUUGUUUCAAGUGUAAUGAACCGAACUGUAACGGUGUGUAUUCCCUGUGUUCCAAGUGCGACACAGCGUUGGAAACGGAUUGUACCGUGGGGGUACAGAACGAGACCAUUUGCAAAGGGUUGGCGGCCGGUUGCUUCCAGUAUCGGGACGAGGAUAGAACGGUGUAUGGUUGUGCCGAAGACUCUUCACCGUAUUGCUCAGAUAAUGAGGAACGCUGCCAUUACUGCGAGGAGCCAUUUUGUAACACGAAAGCUUUAAACUUGUGCUAUUCAUGUACCGACUGUUCGGAUGUUUUGACACCCGUCGUACAGAAGACGAAACUGUGCACGGCCGAAGAGGAUGACUGUAUUAUCGGGUUCUUCGAGGAAAAGAUCGAUCGUGGCUGUCAAUCGGAACUCCCACAUCCGUUUGAUGACUACUUGAUAAUUGAAGUUUGUACCGAACCGGGAUGCAAUCAGUUGUCGGUUCUAGGCUAUGUCAGUUGCUACGUUUGUACCGACUGUCCCGACGAACCGAACGACGAAUCCGACGCCGUGCGCUGUUUGCUGCCUCCCUCCAACCGGUGCUACACGAAGCGGGAGUCGAGUGGUGUGAUUAGUCGCGGUUGUGCAAACAAGGACACACUCAUCGGCUGUGUCGAUGGAGUAAACUGUGAGGUGUGUGAGCAGAGCUACUGUAACAAUGAGCCGAUACCGCGUCAGUUUAGCUGUGUGCAGUGUGAGCGCAGUGAUGCCUGUGCCGAUUACAAUGUACCAAGUGAUUGUCCCAACACAAUCGACCUGGUGUUCGAUGCGUGCGUCAUACACACCGCGGACACACAGGUAGCGAAGGGAUGUCUCAGCAGUUUAGAUCUGUUUGAGUUGUGUUACGACGGUAGUAACAAUUGUACGGUGACGCGUGAAUUCCAAGGAAAUGCAAGCCCCGUACAGUGUAUAACCUGCAGUGGUGAUGUUGAUUGUAUCCGCGGGGACGUAAAUGAACUUCCCAAGUUGACCUUCUUCAAUGGGUCUUGUGUGUCGUUUCUCGACGCGAAUGGUAAGGUGGUGCGUGGCAAUGUGGUCGAUUAUCCCGAAUGUGAGGAUUCACUCAGCUGUGUGGAGUGCUUCACCGAUGUCUGCAAUGGCGGUCUCUUCCCUGACGAUCGUUUAUUGUGCUAUCAGUGCAGUGGUGAACAGUGCGCUCGUCUACAGUUGGCAACAAUCGAUCCGGAACCCUGUUUGCGGUACGAUACGAUCAACGCCAAGUGCUACACGUGGUACGAAUCGCCUUCCAGCGCACAACGAGGCUGCAGGUUGGAUGACGCCGUAUGCGAAUCGGAGGGUGUGCUGUGUCAAGACUGUACGGACAGUGGAUGUAAUGUGCUCGGGUACGAUGACUUUGACGACACCGAGUUUUGUGUCCAGUGUAGCUCAAAUCGAGGGUGUGAUGAAAGUCCGGCAGAAGAAACUUGCAACGGAAAGGGUGGAUGUUAUACGUUUUUCUUGAGCACCAACAGCUCGUUGGUGAUCGCGAAAGGGUGCGUUUCGGAGCUGCAGGAGAGUAUGGUGUGGUAUGAUGAGUGCGUCAAUAGUGAGAAUAGUGGCCGUUGCGAACGGUGCUACGGAGAUUAUUGCAAUCGCAACAGGUGUUAUGUUUGUAACUCACUGUUGGUUGGUGGUAGCUGUAUCGAGCCCAGCGUCCGCAGCACUGAGUCUUCUACGUGCAACGAAAUCGAUGAGUGUGUGGCAUUUAUAGAUGAUCAUUAUCACACCGUACGUGGAUGUAGUGAAAGUUUCCAGCAGGAACAGCUACUGGAAUGUACCGAAACGAGCGGAACGUGUCACCGUUGCAAGGGUGAUUACUGUAACGGUGCACCACUACCUCGGGAUCGCAUCAAAUGCUACCAAUGUACUGGAACGGAACUCGACUGUCUCAAUCCGACGAAGAAUAGCGAACAGUACUGUACUAUCUACCGGGAAGGAGAAGACAGUUGUUACACUUAUUUCCAAGAUGAAACGAUGGUCGAACGCGGUUGCACUCUGGAGCGUUCGACACCAUGUGAACAGCCCUGCCAGCAGUGCAACACAACCGGGUGUAACAAUCAGCCCGCCCUCGUCCAAAACACUCUCAGCUGUGCUCAGUGUUCUGGUGACAAUUGUCCAGCUAUCGAUGAGCCAACCGAUAUGACAUUAGUAAAACCGUGUCCGGAUGAGAUUUUAUUUGGUCGUACCGAUCAGUGCUACUCUUACUUCUAUCCGGACGGAACACUCGAAAGAGGAUGCCUUAGUCGCUUGUCUAAAAGUGAAGAGCAAGACCUUGCGGCCCAAUGUUUGGACGCGUCGGAUGUAACCUGCAAACUCUGCUCGGGUAAUGGUUGUAAUGCACGGAAUGUAAAUUGUUUCGUGUGCGACACGGACACGUUUUCCGGUUGUGCAGAUACCCUCAGUGAAACUGAGCAUAGUGCAUACGUUCAGGCAUGCGGCACGGUACAAUGUGUUUCAGUGCUGGAAGGAACGGUCACACGGAAAGGCUGUUCCGAGGAUUAUACGGUGAAGUGUGAAUCGGACGACGAAGUUGUGUGUGAAACAUUCGAUGGUUCCAUGUCGAAUAGUGCCAUUUAUCCUGCGGGUCGUUUGCAGUGUUUCCAAUGCCAAGGGAGCUCCUCGUGUAAUGAGAUCCAGACUUCCAGCAGAUCAGCAUCGGUGUGCCAGCAGUACAAUGCUAACGAUGAGUGCUACACGUACGUCUCCGACAUCGGCGAAACUUAUCGAGGUUGUGUAUCUGACUCACCGGUAUCAAAUCCGUGCAUCCAGCAGCCGGAUCUAUGCGUCCGAUGCAAUGACGAACCGGCAUGCAACAAUGAGCCUGCCAUACGAUCGAACGAACUCAUCUGCGCCCAAUGUACGCGUGCCGUUGAUUGUGAAACGAUGGAAGAAUUUGAACGUUGCACCCAGCUGGUACUGCUUGGGCGGCCCGAUUCCUGCUACGUACAAACGUUUGCCGGUGAGGUCGUCGCGCGUGGAUGUCUCAGUGAUGCGCCCGCUUCGUUGCGUGAUAACUGUCCUGACAGCGGUGCGGCUAAUAGUGAAUGUUCCUCGUGUCUGUGUGAUCGUUGCAAUGGUCCACCGGUUCAGUGUGUUAGCUGUGAAGGUGAGACAGGCUGCGGGGAGGUCCUUGGAACGGAAGCGAAGCUUGUUUCGUGCCAGACAGGAAGUUGUGUCUCGUUCGUUAAACACCUUACCAACGGUUCUUCACUCAUCGUCAAAGGUUGCUCGGAAGUGUACGAGCGGGACACUUGCGGCAAAGGACACCCAAGCGAAGCUAGCUACCAACUUUGCCAUUCUGUUGGGUGUAAUGAUGUGCUGUUUCCUGCGGUGCGUUUGAAGUGUUACCAGUGUGAGGGUGAAGCCUGCUCCGAUCCAUCUUUGGAGCCAACGAUCUGCGAGCCAUAUAGGGAAGGUGAUAUGUGUUACAGCUUUUCGGAUCGUCAGCAGAAGGGUUGUUGGGGACAGUUGGAAGACGUGACGGAGUGUACGGUAGGACGGUGUAGUGUUUGUGGUUCUUCCGAUGGGUGUAAUGAACAGCCACGUGUUCUGGAGUGUAUUGCAUGCUCUUCAAAGAACGAUCCAGGAUGUGUCGAUCCGAUGGCAACGGUAAUAGGCAAGAAAAAGUGCCUCAUUGGCGGAUGUGUUACACUAAUUGACGCUGAUGGCCACACGGUACGAGGCUGUGCGAACGAAUACGACGCAACACCAGAAUCUUGCACGGCAACUGCCGCUACCACCACCUGCAAAGUUUGCACCGAAGGUGACGCAUGCAACGCUGCCUUGUUCCCUGCCAAUCGGUUACAGUGCUAUCAGUGUUCGGGAGUGGCCUGUUUGGAGGUUUCACAGCAACAAAUGGCCGUCUGUCAGCGAUACAGUGCAACCGAUGCAUGCUACGCGUACGCCACCAGUUCGACAAACAUCCGCCGAGGAUGUUUAUCGGAUCCGGUUUCCCAGUGUUCGGAAGAGUGUGUUGCGUGUACGAGCAGUGAUGGUUGUAAUGCCGAUCCACCGAUCGUUCCUAAUGCGCUUACCUGUCACCGAUGCGAAGGACCAGAUUGUGCGAUGCAACAGACAGGCGUAGGAACCGUGUGUCCGGAUAUUUUGCUAGGCCGUACCGAUGCUUGUUACAGCUUCGUGGAGAAAUACAGCGUACGAAGAGGUUGUCUUUCGGAGGCAACAACAGCUUGCAAUUCAACGAACCCCAACUGUCACGUUUGCACCGGAGAAAGCGAUUGUAAUGCGGAGAAGUACUCGGUUACGCUACAUGAGUGUGUCCUGUGUGAUGAGGACGUUGCUGGCGAGCAAUGCAAAUGGGGAUACGAUCAAACCGCAGCACAACGAUGUACGUCGGAUCUGUCGUCUUCUGACGUUGGCUGCUACACAUGCUACAGUACAACGGCAGGACAACAGCUGUACCAUCGUGGCUGUGCAGGUGAGGCCCGGCAAGCUCAGUGUCAACCGGGUACGGUUCAGGUGUGUCUGGGCGCUGCAUGUAACCAGCGCAACGAACAGUUGCAGAUAUGUGCCAAAUGUGAGGAGGGCUGUAAAAACGAUCGGUGGAAGGUUGAAGAGUGUCGUGGUAUUGUACCGUACGAGCGGCGCGGUUGCUACAUUAUGCUUGACUCGCGGAAGCACAUUGUAGCACGGGGCUGUGCAGCGGAUCUUAACGAAGACACGUGGAAUCUGUGCUCGAACGUGAAGGAUUCGUCCUGUAUUACGUGUCUCGGUAAUGAAUGCAACCAUGCGGAUAUUGGACUGCGAAGAGUGUCCCUCCUUUGGACGCUGCUUCUGACAGCACUACUAAUGAUAGUUAGUAACCGCGUUCUAUAG